AGCGUUUAACACGGCUGGCGGGAUGACCGCGAGACGCGAGCGUAGGGCGUGGUGAGAGAGCGUAGCCGACGGCGGCCUCCCCGCAGACGCGAAACCCUGAGCCCUCCCUGAUCGGGUGACCACUCACGGGACACACAAGGUGAAGGUGAUGUAGAAGAAAUAGCCAAAAUCAUAGAUUGACAAUUGUUUCAACGGGGCACUGCAAUUCAAAAAAAGGCAAAACGGGUGACGAGGAUAAGAAAAUGGUGUCUCUGCCUAGCGCAGAGUCUGGCACGAUGGACAGAAUCUCAGAUGAUGAUGACGAUGAGCCAAGUAGUGGGUCUGAAACGUACGAGGAAGGUGACCUCUUGACGGCUGCUAUGGAUGAUGACGUGACGGCCCAACUCGCCGCUGCAGGUUGGCAAAUCAAACACGCUAAUGGCCCUGUUGGUGUAGCCGCAGCUGCCGCCAUUGUCUCAGCAAAAAAGAGAAAACGACCUCAUAGUUUUGAAACAAAUCCUAGCAUUAGGAAGAGACAACAGAACAGACUUCUAAGAAAACUCAGACAAACCAUAGACGAAUUUGCAACACGAGUUGGACAGCAAGCAGUAGUAUUAGUAGCUACACCAGGCAAGCCAAACAGUAGUUAUAAAGUAUUCGGAGCAAAACCGUUAGAAGAUGUAGUAAAAAAUUUAAGAAAUGUUAUUAUGGAAGAACUUGAAAGUGCGCUCGCACAACAAGCUCCACCUCCGGUACAAGACGACCCAUCUUUGUAUGAAUUACCACCCCUCAUAAUAGAUGGCAUACCAACGCCCGUGGAAAAAAUGACACAAGCUCAACUCAGGGCAUUUAUCCCGUUAAUGUUAAAGUAUUCUACAGGCAGAGGUAAACCGGGUUGGGGAAGAGAUAGCACACGGCCGCCAUGGUGGCCGAAAGAACUACCUUGGGCAAACGUGCGUAUGGAUGCAAGAUCGGAAGAUGAGAAACAAAAGAUUUCGUGGACGCAUGCAUUAAGACAAAUUGUAAUAAACUGUUACAAAUUUCAUGGAAGAGAAGAUCUUCUACCUGCAUUCAGUGAAGAGGAUGAUAAGUCGAACGUACUGAUACAGCAAUCGACGCCUCAUUCUUCGUCACAUCCGUCACAUUCAUCCGGUCAAGGGCAAGGCGGACAAUCGCAACAACAACAGACGGUGGGAGUUGUUCGUCUGAGCAGCACGGAUUCAUCUAAGGGAAACUCUUCGCCAGCACAAAUCAUUGCCGCGUCUCCUACAGCUCUUGCCACUGCCACUCAGAUGACGGCUCAGUAUCCAACAACAGUUUUACAAACAAUAACGAAUCCCGAUGGUACCGUUUCCAUCAUUCAAGUGGAUCCUAGUAAUCCAAUAAUCACGUUACCAGAUGGUACAACGGCUCAAGUUCAAGGUGUUGCUACUAUCCAUACAAGUCAAGGGGAAGUUCAAGCACUCGCCGAAGUAGCAGGCAGUGCAGAAGGUACUAGCGUCGCUGUCGACCUGAAUAGCGUUACUGAAGCUACAUUAGGUCAAGAUGGUCAGAUCAUUCUCACUGGAGAAGAUGGACACGGCUAUCCCGUUUCUGUGUCAGGAGUAAUAACAGUACCGGUAUCAGCUAGUAUGUAUCAAACAAUGGUUGCCAAUAUUCAGAGUGACGGUACAAUGCAAGUAGUCACACCCAUGGUUCAAGUUCCAAAGGUCGAGCCUGGAAAUGGUGAAACUAGCAUCGAGGCUGUUACUAUUCAAGGGCAUCCAAUGACAAUGAUUAAUGCAGCUGGUGAACAUCAAGUUCUUCAAGUGAUAUCAUUAAAGGAUGCUAAUGUCCUCACAAAGGCAAUGCAGGCUGAAGUUGUAAAAGAUGAGGACAGUCAGCAACAACAAACCGUCUCUAGUCCAGAAUAAAGCGUUUUACAUAGUUAAUAUAAAGCUUUUAUGUCAAACACCAAAAUGCGACAGGUGCACAUUAGUGGUGUUCAAGAGAGAAAGAGUGAGAGUAUUAAGAAAAAAAAAGAAAAAAAAAGGAAACAAUAUGUGUUAUUAAUAUUAAGGCAAAAUGAUUGUGUCUUUUCUGAAUCAUUGUGUAGCGUGUCCUCUUGGUGAGAAACAGUAAACGAGUAGCGAAAUAUGUUUGAGAGUGAAAAUGAUUGAAUGUUCGGUGAUUUACAUUGGACUUGAAUGUAAUCAUAUUUGUAUUCAAGAUUCAUCGUAGACAUUUAGAGUAUUCACUUGUAAUUCGAUUUUCUCGAAAAUAGUACUAACUUUUAGGAAAGUACUAUUGCGACUCGAUGAACGCAGAUUUCAUCGAUUUAUUUGUAGUAACAUGUAUCCGGUGACUGGAAAUUAAUCAUUUUUUCUAGCGAACGAUUACCGAUACGAAAUAUUUUUGUCUAGUCUUAGUGUUGAAACUUUAAGGGCGAUUGAUAUACCAAAGAAUUUAAGAUUUCUGUUAAAUUAUUUUACAAGAAAAAUGAUAUGAUAAUUUUAAUUCAACGAAUCGAUGUUAUUAAAUUACAUAAUUCAUUGUGAAUUUAUUCGUCGAACUCCUCCGAAGGGAGAUUAAUUUUUCGAGGAACGAAAUAAUCUUUAAGCCAUUUAGAAUUUCAGAAAUAUUUAUAGAAACAUGCGUUACUAUGUAAAUGAAAAAUCCCUUUCACGUUUGAUAAAACAUAAUUGAAAUCUUUUGUGGUACUAGGAUACCCGAUCUAAAUGUAACGUUUGAUUUUAUCGAAUUUGGCUAUCAAAUUAAGCAAAGAAAUACGUAGCCUAUUUUUAUGAUAAAAACAAAAUCAUUUUUUGUUAACGAUAGAGACAUGUAACGGAACAUAUUAAUAUACAUUAAUGAUCGACAGUAGAGGUAAAUGAGGGAAAAAAAUUAAGCAUUUCUGACGGGUACAAAUAGGCUAUAAGAUAUAAUUUUUUGGAAAAUAAGACAUAUGGAUUUGAAGUCUUAAUGCACACCCAUAAAACAUAAAUUAAUUUUAUCGUAUAUUAAUACUAUGUUAUAAUAGAAACUUAUUUUACAUAAUGCUUUAAAGAGCACUAUGUAAUUUUAACAAAAGAGAAACUGAAUCCUUUCAUUUCCAUUCUGUUGUUAUCUUGAUAGUGUAUGUACAGAAUGUAGAAAUGAAGAAACAAUGUAUUGUUCUUUAUUUUUAUUUUCCAAGUAAUCUGAAAUGUAUUUAUUUUUGUUAUCAACUAAAAAAGAAAAGAAAUUGAAACGUUUCUGUGCAUUUAAAUGCCAACUCACUUUUAUACAAUAUUUAUAAAGUUAGGAAAAAUGUUAUUUUUUCUGUGCAAUCUUGUUUCAAUGUUGCGGUAUCGAGUUUUGUAAGGAUGCGUGACUGACUUUGAAGAAUGAAUUUUUCUUUCUUUAACAAUCUCACCUUAUACAUUUUUAUACUUUUUAGUAUCUUUACAUACUAACUUGCGUGCAUUAUUAGUCGAUAUAUAUACACAUAUACAUCGUAUUAUUUUCAGAUAAUCAGUUUGUGAUACUUAUUUAAUUAAUGUUUAUUGGUACACAUGCGUUUAUCAUGAAUGAAGUUCCUGUAGGUAUGUAAUACGCUUUUUUCUUUGAAGCGUAUAUCAGGAGCAGAGUCGUAACAUUGAAACAAUAAACUGCCCUUAACAUCAAGUAUCAAUGAUACCAAAAAAAAGAAGUUUUUUAUAACAUUAUAGAAGAAAGUAGUUAAAUUUAAUAAUUAUCAGUAGAAGAAAUCACGAAUAUUAGAUAUUAAUUGUUAUAUUGUUUUUUAAAAACUAUGGCCAUUACAUACCAAAUGUAAUAUAUUGAUACUCCCAUGUAAGACCAUGUUGUAUUCUUUUUUUUUUUGUUCUUGUUUGUAACAAAUCACACUGAGCAUAAAUUAAGUUUAAUGUCAUCUGAGAAAAAUAUGUAAUACCAUUUUAAACAAUUAUAGAUGUACGUGUACAUGACUUUAUCACUGUGUAUCUUAUAAUGUAAUUUGUACAUAUGUCGUCGUUGUGUCACCUUUCUGCUUUGGUUACUUUUGAUGUAAAAAGGAAGAAAACGUAAAUUAAAAAAAAA